AUGAAGUCUGCUACCGCCACCCUGCUUGCAGCAGCUUCCGUGGCAUAUGCCCAGGUCGCCACUGUCUCUGAACCUUCUCUCACUGAGAUCAAGAAGGCUGCGGCCACCAUUGAACCGUAUUCUCCUGUCUCGAAUGUCCAAGGUCUUGCCUUCAACCGCUUCUACCAGAUAUGGCUGGAGAACAUUGACUAUGAGGAUGCUGCUGCGGAUGAGAAUGUGAAGUGGCUGGCUUCACAGGGUAUUACAUUGACCAACUUCCAUGCGGUCACCCACCCUUCCGAACCGAACUACUGUGCUGCGGCCGCAGGUGAUACUUUUGGCAUGGACAACGACGACUUCCAGCAGAUUCCGGCCAAUGUCUCCACGGUCGCCGAUCUCCUUGACACCAAGAAUAUUUCCUGGGGAGAAUACCAGGAGCACCUCCCUUACCCGGGCUUUCAGGGAUACAACUACUCGAAUCAAGUCACCUAUGACAAUGACUACGUGCGAAAGCACAACCCUCUGGUUCUGUUCGACUCGGUUGCCCAGAACAGCACUCGUCUGCGUCAGAUCAAGAACUUCACCAGCUUUGACGAUGAUUUGGCCAACAAGAAGCUGCCCCAGUGGGCGUUCAUUACCCCCAACAUGACCAACGAUGCUCACGACACCAACAUCACAUUUGCUGCCAAAUGGGAGCGCAGCUGGGUGCCACCGUUGCUCAACAACUCAUACUUCAUGAACGAGACCUUGUUGCUCCUUACCUUUGAUGAGGACAAGACCUACCCCAAGGGUAACAGAAUCUUCAGUAUUUUGUUGGGUGGUGCAGUUCCUGAAAACCUUAAGGGUACUAAGGACGACACCUUCUAUACUCACUACUCCGUCAUCGCAUCUGUUUCGGCCAACUGGGGCUUGCCUUCCCUUGGACGCUGGGACUGUGGUGCCAACAUUCUCGAAAUUGUGGCCAACAAGACCGGCUAUGUUAACUACGACGUUGACACCACUAACCUCCAUGUCAACGAGACCUACCCUGGCCCGCUCUCUGAUAAUGAAUACUCGAAGUACUCUUCUGUGUGGCCCGUUCCCUUGACGAAUGGCACUUGCUCUGCUGGCCAUGGCAUCCUUGACAUUGUCAAGAAGACUUAUGCCAACAGCAAGCCCACUUACAACUACACCAGCCCAUUCCCCUACGAUACCGAAUCCAAGUACAAUACCGAGGUCACCGCUACCAGAAAGCAGGCCAGCUCUAACUCGUCGUCUACCUCACCUUCGGCCUCAGCUUCCGUUCAUGCCAACGCUGGUAACUCCUUGAUGUUGCCUGGUGUCGCCACUCUUUCCAGUGCCAUUGUGGCUUUGCUUAUGAGUAUCUUAACGUGUGCGUGGCUUGCUGUUGAGCCUGACAAAAAGGGUGAUUUGGGCGAAACUUUUAUCCUUCUUGGUGUACUGGACAGACCAAAUUGA